GUAACGUUUCUGUGGCCCUCAGUAACGUUUCUGUGGCCCUCAGUAACAAAUCUGUGUCUGUCCCUAAGUAACAAUUCUGUGGCCCUAAGUAACAAUUCUGUGGCCCUAAGUAACAAUUCUGUGGCCCUAAGUAACGUUUCUGUGGCCCUAAGUAACGAUUCUGUGGCCCUAAGUAACGAUUCUGUGGCCCUCAGUAACGUUUCUGUGGCCCUAAGUAACGAUUCUGUGGCCCUUAGUAACAAU